CUCUCUGGCCCUCAUCGCCUCUACGCCCCUAUCCCGACUGACGUUGGACAACAAAAAUGGCGGCAGGAACCAGCAAUUACUGGGAAGAUCUCAGGAAACAGGCUCGACAGCUGGAAAAUGAACUUGACCUGAAACUAGUUUCCUUCAGUAAACUAUGUACAAGUUACAGUCACAGCAAUGCCAGAGAUGGAAGACGCGACAGUUCUGACACAACACCGCUUUUAAAUGGAUCAAGCCAAGACAGAAUGUUUGAGACAAUGGCAAUUGAGAUUGAACAGCUAUUGGCAAGGCUUACAGGGGUAAAUGAUAAAAUGGCAGAAUAUACCAACAGUGCAGGUGUCCCUUCCUUGAAUGCAGCAUUAAUGCAUACAUUACAGCGACAUAGAGACAUAUUGCAGGAUUAUACACAUGAAUUCCAUAAAACCAAAGCAAACUUUAUGGCAAUACGGGAAAGGGAGAAUCUCAUGGGAUCAGUACGAAAAGAUAUUGAGUCAUAUAAAAGUGGAUCUGGAGUAAACAACAGAAGAACUGAACUAUUUUUAAAAGAACAUGACCACCUUCGAAAUUCUGACCUCUGUAUAGAAAGGUAAAUUAGCAUUGCUAUGGCAACAAAAGAAAAUAUGACUUCACAGAGAGGAAUGUUGAAGUCAAUUCAUAGCAAAAUGAAUACUUUGGCCAAUCGUUUUCCUGCUGUGAACAGCCUGAUCCAGAGGAUCAACCUGAGAAAGCGGCGAGACUCGCUCAUCCUUGGCAGUGUUAUUGGCGUCUGUACCAUCCUGCUGCUGCUGUAUGCUUUCCAUUGAUGGGACGUCUCUGGGGACUCUUGAUGACAGCCACCACGUUCACGCCCUGAUCUGGAAUAAAGAAAUGUAGGAGGGAGAAGUUGACUGUCCUGAUAAUUAGCCUGACCAGCAGGACGAAUUCAAGACUGGUAGCAAUGGACUUUGUGACACCGUCAGGUUGAGCUGAAGCCACAGUUUUCCUGUGCUACCUUUUCUAACACACAUUUUUCUGAUUUUAGUUUAAAAAAAAAAAGAUUUUCAGUUGCUUUUCUCUCCCUAGGAGGUAAGUAAACCAAUCAAAAACAGAGUUUCUGUAUUUCAGUGGUAGUGUGGAAGCCUGAUUAUAAGCCAGGUCUUACAGCUGGACUCUUAAAAAAACCAGGUUUCUCUAUAUCCAAAGACUGCUUUUCUUUUAGCCACCAUAUUGGGUUGUGAGCAAAAAUAAUUCUUGUCCUCUUAUUUUACAUUCAUGAUGAGAAAUCACAAGUCCUUUCUUGAUAAUCUGUGCUAUAGAUUUCUACUUUGUGUCCUCAGCUCCUUUGGUAUUCAAGGAAAAUUCCAUUUUUUCAUAGAUUCUUUGACAUGCUGAUAGGCCAACUUCAGCGUGUUUGAAAUUGUCUGAAAUGGAGAACACUGCGAAAUAGCUUUUGUCUUUUUUUUUUUUUUUUCUUUUUAAUUGUGAGCACAUUGUGGCUAACCGUAUUGCUGGAAAAACAUCAAGAAUGAUAGGCUAUUUUUUAAGGAGCCAGUCAUUGUUUUGAUUUUUUUGUUUAUUUCUCCCAUUGGAUUAAUAUUCACUACUACAAGAAAAUGAAAUCUUAGUUCUACCAUGACAAAGGAAACUAAUAGCCAAUGUCUGCCAAUGCCCUCAGCUAUUCUGCAUCAUGUCAAGAUUAACACUGGUAACGGAGUGAGGGCAUUGCUCAGUUUUCAAUGAAAGUUCAUUGAAACAAGUGAGAUGUAAAAACGUAUGGAGGGGUCACUAUCCAGAUAAUUCCGUUUGUAAGUGCUCCAUAACUUAUAAAAAAGUUUAAGAACUGUUGCCUGAUGUACCAGGAAUUCUGUGUUCUGUGAAAGUAUGUUCAUUCCAAAUCCGUUAAGCUUUUCCAAGCAUCCGGAGAGUGGUUUCACUGUUGAAGGUGCAUGUAGCAGAAUCUAUCUCUAUCCGCACCUGUCUUCUAUUUCCAUCCCUGGACAGUGACAAAAUGUUAAACCACCCACCAGAAUUCUUUUCAAGUUUAACCAUUUCUCAGUUUCUGUAAAUUCGUUACUUGUCUUACUGAACUACCACAUAGUUUGAAGACUUCCAACAUCUACACUUCUCACCAAAAAAGAAGACUGCUCUUCACCAUUGGAAUUUGCUACAAUAUUUAUAGUAUUGGCUUUAAACUGUGCCACAAGGAAUAAAAAUAUGACUACAUCAUGGUGUAUAGAUGCAGUUGUUCCAGUGAACUUGAUAUACAGGCUAACGGGUAGAGUAACACCCAGUCUGGUACAGAGACUGAGAGGUUUUUUCAUUCUGGUGUCAAAGUUUCAUUACAUUCUAGGCAUGAAGGGCAUUUGAUAUAUUUUUCUUAACUAUGGGGUUUAUUUUUCUAAGUAUGGGUUGGAUGAUCAGUUCAUUGACUGGGGAUGCCCUUAAAAGAAAGUUAAGUUUUCCCCGUGUGAACCUUAAAGGAUCAGGGAAGUAAGUUCAUUUGUUAAAUUCUCUGUUGGGAGAACAAAACUCUCCCCUGAUACUUUAUUAUCUUUGAUUUUUCAAAGGGCCUUGAUUGGUGGUUGUGUCUCGGCUAGGAUUUAUGGGACUUUGGAAGCUAUAUAGUUGGCAUUUAUAAAAUCUGAAGUAUCGUAAAUAAAGUUAUUUAUUUAAUUAUU